GAGAAGGGAAGUUCAUAUAAAGACGCAGGUUCUUCGGGCUGGCACAAUCCUCCAGGGAUCGACAUUGCGUGAAGAUCGUGUAUCGUCUAGUCAUUCGGUGUCUACCGUUUCUUACUCUUAGUAACCAGUUUAAAAAUUUCCUUGUUUAAACAUGUGUGACGACGACGUAGCAGCUUUGGUUGUCGAUAAUGGCUCUGGUAUGUGCAAGGCCGGAUUUGCUGGGGAUGAUGCACCCAGGGCAGUUUUCCCUUCCAUCGUUGGAAGACCUCGGUACCAGGGUAUAAUGGUGGGCAUGGGACAAAAAGAUAGUUACGUGGGCGAUGAGGCACAAAGCAAAAGAGGCGUUCUUACCGUUAAAUAUCCAAUCGAGCAUGGAAUCGUCACUAAUUGGGAUGACAUGGAAAAGAUCUGGCAUCAUACCUUCUAUAACGAACUCAGAAUCGCACCUGAGGAACAUCCUGUACUCCUCACAGAAGCGCCCCUGAAUCCUAAAGCUAAUAGAGAGAAAAUGACUCAGAUUAUGUUUGAAACUUUUAACUCACCAGCCAUGUACGUCGCUAUUCAAGCUGUACUGUCGCUUUAUGCAUCCGGAAGAACAACCGGUAUUGUUUUGGACAGCGGCGAUGGAGUGUCGCACACUGUUCCCAUUUAUGAGGGCUAUGCACUACCCCAUGCAAUCUUACGUCUUGACCUUGCUGGCCGUGACCUUACGGAUUACCUCAUGAAGAUACUCACCGAGAGGGGUUACUCCUUCACGACAACAGCAGAGCGAGAAAUCGUCAGAGACAUCAAAGAGAAGCUCUGCUACGUGGCGUUAGAUUUUCAACAGGAAAUGGCCACUGCGGCUGGUUCCAGUGCUCUGGAGAAGAGUUAUGAGUUACCUGAUGGUCAGGUUAUCACUAUCGGAAACGAACGUUUCCGCUGUCCUGAGGCAAUGUUCCAACCUAGCUUCCUGGGAAUGGAGUCUUGUGGUAUUCACGAGACCACGUACAAUUCUAUUAUGAAGUGCGACGUGGACAUACGUAAAGAUCUGUACGCCAAUUCUGUCCUAUCCGGAGGUACUACUAUGUAUCCAGGUAUUGCUGAUAGAAUGCAAAAGGAAAUCACGGCCCUGGCUCCAUCUACCAUGAAGAUCAAAAUCAUCGCACCUCCUGAACGAAAAUAUUCAGUUUGGAUCGGUGGUUCUAUACUUGCUAGUCUUAGCACCUUCCAGCAGAUGUGGAUCUCGAAGCAGGAAUACGAUGAGUCAGGACCGUCCAUUGUACACAGGAAAUGCUUCUAAGUUGAAGCCAAUAUAAAUUCGGUAUCGAAUACAAAAUUCAGGAUAAUCUAGAAUUUCGAUAAUGGAAAAUUAUUAAUUUAUGGACCUAAAAGUAUAUAGAAGGAGUAAACAACGAUCUACAUAUAAACGUAUCAACGAUUAUAUGAAUUGACCAGCAAACUGCCUAACCGAACGACAGCCGAAUGUAAUAAUCUGAUAAUUUAAUAUUUAUUACAUAUAUUUAUUAAAUACUAACGAUUAAAUUAGCCUGAACAAUGAUGGCAUUCUUCUCGCGUGUGCGUUAUUCAAUUUUUAAUUAAGUCUAUGUGAAUAAUUUUCCAAUUUUAAUUUGA